AUGAUGGGUGCGGAUGGCGAUCAGAAUCAUGGCAACCGUGAGAAUUCGUGGCUGCACAUCAAGGAGGAGAUCAAGGAGGAAAUACAGCAGGACCAGAUCGGUCCCUUGAGUGUUGCGACUACCACUGCUGAGGACGAGAUCAAGCAGCAGGUCAAAGAGGAGGUGGAAGAGAAGGUGGAGUUGGGCCAAGAUUCAGUCGAGCCCGCCACCACUCCUACAACCAAGCGCCGCCGCCUGACUCGAAGGAACAUGCAGGGGAAAAGAGCAGCCACAAUUGCCACAGAGACUCUCGCUCGGGCUUCUAUCAAGAAGGAAAAACCUGAUGAUGAUGAUGUUCUAGUCAAGCAAGAGGAGAGUGAUGACCAAGACGCCCAUGCCCUGUGGCUUCAAGUGAAGAAGGAGAUUAAGGAGGAGAUGCAUCAGGAGCAGAUUGGUUGCUUGGGUGUUGGCACCACCAUCGCUGGACAUGAGGUCAAGCAGGAAGUUAAAGAUGAGGUUGAAGAUAAAGUCGACGCAGCCAGUCAUCCAGUGGGUCUAGCCAUCACUCCCAGAGCCAAACGUCGCCGCCUGACUCGAUGGAACAUGCAAGAGAAGCCAGCCGACACACGUACAGUGACUCAGGUUUGCAUCAAGAAGGAGAAACCUGAUGAUGCUCAAGUCAAGCAAGAGGAAAGUGAUGGCCAAGACACCCAUGCCUUGUGGCUGCAAGUGAAGCAGGCGGUCAAAGAGGAGAUGCAGCAGGACCAGAUUGGUUGCUUGGGUGUUGGCACUGAGGUGAAAGAGGAGGUUGAAGAGAAAGUUGACACACGCAGUGAUCCAGUGGGGCCAGCAAUCACUUCAACUCCACCAAGCAAGAAGCGCCACUUAGCACGCAAGGAGACGAAGAUCAAGAAGGAGAAAGGUGAUGACCGAGAAGCUCCUCAGGACCAGCCUGAUGAAAGCGAGAUUAAAGAGGAGUUGGGCAAGAAGGAUUCAACGGCUGACAGCAUAAAGAUCAAGGAGGAGCAUAUAGUGGAUGCAAGUUCCAUCCUUCCUCCAUCGAAGGAGGAGGGAGCGAGUGCUGAUGAUGCCUCCUUGGAUACUUUUGCCGCAGCAGCAGCUACUUGGGCACAGCAGUGCCUCGCAUUCCGAAAGACCAAGACGUGGACGCCGACCAGGCCAUGUUGUCCUGCCAACUUCUUCGUCGGCCCGGUGGAUGGCAUGCCAACAGCUCCCCCAGAAGAUGCUCCAGCAUGCGUGCAGCGGUUGUCUGCCUACCGUUUGCGGUGCCUUCGGCGAUUCCACCUCAAGCAUGAUCCCCAAACGCUGCUCGCGGAGGAGGUGCAGGUAGAGUCCCCGAUGCGGCUUGCUUCACCCAAAAAAGACCGGGCACUAUCACCUGAAGAGCUGCUACUGGCAGAAAAGGACUGGACAUAA